AUGGCAACGGAGCACAACACAGCAUCACGAAUAAGGAAGUCCCCGUUACUCGCACAGUACCGCGAAAUUUCGAAGCUGGUGUAUUUCCAGCCGGAACUAUAUUCCAGGGGAGCCCUAAAGAAGAGGCAUACGACGUUGUUUUCCAGUCGCAUUGACGUUACAGCAGAGUCUGGGAGGUCAGCGUCUCCUGCAGCAGCGUGGUGGAACAGAGAGCAGCUGCCUGCUGUGGAGGGUCUGUGGGCGUUGUCACUGAAGUCUGCUCUGCCGUACCUGGAGAACCAGCACUGGGACCUAGUUCCUGAUCUUCCCCAUCCACGUGAAGCGAGACCUGCAGCACUAACGCUUGAUGUACAGUGGUGGUGUGACUUCAGUGAAGAGGUUGCUGCCUUCCCUGAACCCUUUCCACCUUCUCCGAGGACUUCGAGUCCAGAUCGUUUCAGGCUCAGCUACUCCCAGCAGGACCUCUCAGCACAGACCAGACCUGAACCACAGACACCUGACAGACAGCUGUCCUCUCACAGCAGGCAGAGUCAUGAUGGCAAGACGGCAUCCCUUCAAGCCCUCACUAAAAGACCACGACUGUCCCUCCACAGCCGAGAGGAGGCUGCUCCAUCAGCAGGAGCCUCGAGUGGUGGGGGAGAAGAGGGUAGGAAAGGAGGAGAGGCUGGUCCAGUCAACAGAGAGCUCCUCACAGACCAGGUGAGGGUGUAUGACAGCCGGGUUUCUCAGCUGGAGGAGGCUGAAAAUAAAGAGGAGGUGCAGAAUAGUGUCAAAGCAGGAGGAGGAGAAGGAGGAGGGCAGCGGCUGCAGAGCUGUCCCAUGUGCCUGCUGGAGUUCCCUGUCGGGUUCACCCAGAUGGACUGUGACGGCCACCUGGCCCAGUGUCUGUCGGAGAUGAAUGUGGACGUGACCUGGUGAGCCGACAGGACGCUGGCUGCUCUCCAGGAUCUACGGGCAGCCCAGAUGCCCCACACACUCCAGUAUCCUAUCGCAUGGAGAAGGACGCACCCAGAGAGCAGCUCGUAUGGAGAACACUCACAGGAUGUAUGCUGAGAAAGGGACUCCUGGACACUGAGUUAUACGUCAAGGUGAGAAAGCAGGGUGUUCACCUCUUUUGGAGAAGAAGCAUGCACAUUGGAAAGAUCAUUCCUGCCAUGGAAGAGGGUUAGUUUUGAGAUUUUACACCAGGGGGAUUUUGAAAGCUCUGGUCGCAAUAACUCAAAGACUCCCCUCAGAGGUGCCUGAUCCUGAAUUUGGGUCUCUGCGAGCCUGUCCUCUUGGCCUCCGAUGCCUUUGAUUCCAGCUAGUCAAGAAGAUCUCCAAACUAAACUGGCAAUCCGACCUGCCUCCGAGAGACCAAAGUGGAGCCGAGCCACCUCCUCCUCACAAAGCCGACCUGUCGAUGGAGAGGUUUUCUCUUAGACUGGUCGGAUGUGAAUUACCCGGCAGUCAUGAUAACGUGAUCACAUUGUUCUAUUAAAUUCUCUUGUUGGAAUGAAUGAGUUCAAGCUAAAAUGAAUGUUUUGAAUGUACUAAGGCUGUAAGUUAAGGAAGGAAAUGGGCUCCCCUAGAGGGGCUGAAAUGUUGUCUUGAAUAAGUCAAGCGGAUGAAAAGCUAUUUAUCCAACACCACACAGCCUGUGUUUUUAAUGGUGCUUUCUUCUCCCCUAAAUGCUUACAGUGCGGCGAGCCCCAUGGGAGCUGCUUAUCAGUAUUUACCAAUGACAUGAGUUAUGUGUUGGAUAAGUGCAGUGUUGCUCUAUUUGCGGAUGACAUGCCACUAAUAAAGUUAAUCAGCUGCAUCACUCAAAGGCUCAGAUAUUAAACGGGUUCGAGAGGCCAAAUAUUUUGAAAAUAUUGUUAAGAAAAUGUAUGGAGGAAGAUUGGCACUAUUGAUGACGGCUCAGCUGUCUGGUUGGUGCAGAGAUCUGUCUAAGCUCAGAACAAAGCUGCAAGGCUCGGCUGCCCUGCCCGCUGGUUGUGAGGUAGAGUACACGUCUCCAGUGGCUCGUGGUUAACACACAAUCUAAUGAGUUUAUUUAGGCAUAACAACCAAAUUGCCUGUACUCACAAAUGAAUUACCUGCCCCCAGUACAGUGACCUAUAUAGUAACGCUUCUGGGGGUUAUCUAGUUAAAGAAAACCCCAGAACAUGUGCAGAUCUGUAACGUGUAGAGCCGUCACAGUGUGGAACGAGCACCCAGUAAGUCACAUUUUAAAAGACGUUAACAAUAACCCCAACGUUCGUUAAACGACCUGAAACACUAAUAUGGAAUUAAACAUGUUCUUAAUUCUUAUUUUAUAUAUUGUAUUUUGUUGUGUGCGAACCCCAGGAAGAGUAGCUGCUACCGUAAUGGCAGCUAAUGGGAAUUCGAAUAUAAAAGAAAUCACCCUUAAAAUCACAAAUUGUGUAUUUUUGAAACCUUACACAGAGCCAGGCUAGCCAUGUCCUGCUUCCAGUUCUGUACUGAAUGAGAUUGAUUGAUCCCUCUUCUAUUAAAUGACUUAGGGGUAUUAAGAAUCAGUUGAACAAAACUGCAUCUUUAUUUUUUCUGUGUGUUCUGUGUGUUGGUUCCAUCUCAGAUCAGGCCUGGCUCGUUGCAGUUUUCAACAUGCAAAAAUAUUCAAGUUAUUGUGCAAUCUGGAAAAAAAAUAUUCAUACAGAUCAUGAACAGUUCCUAUUUACUCUAAAAAUACAUAAAAAAUUAUAUUUCUGUCUUUGUCGUACUGACUUUUCCAAAUGUGCUUGGCAAGAAACUGUCAAGGGACGGUAAAUAAAUCUGCACACUGGCCUAAACACGUAUAUACAAAUUUUUUUUACAAUAGUUUCUAAUGGUUUGUGUUAAUUUUCUCCAUAUCAAAUAAAUACAGAAAAUGGUGCUGGAUAAGGAAUAUUGGUAAAUUGCCUCUUCCAGUCUCCCAGUAUGAGCAGAUUAAGUGGUGAUCAGAGGAUGUUCUGGCGUUUGAGGCCGACUUCCAGGCAACACACACACACACACACACACACACACACACACACACAAAACUGUAGCAUCUGCAAAGAUUUUUCUGCUGCCAUCUGCAAAAAAGGAAAGACUCAGUUCACGGAAAACCAGUAUCAUUUUUAAUAAUUACAUAUAUUUACAAAUAUGCAGUGAAGCAAAAUUAAGCAUAUCCAACUGGCAUUAUGUUAGAAAAAAAAUCAUGGACUAAUUUAAAUCAUUUUUAGAUGUCUGAAUGGCCCUCGCUGCUCUGUAAUGUGGUUUCAAGAACUCCCAGUCAAUCCAUUGGUCCCUCAAGAAAAGAAGAAUGCCACUAACGUAUCACCUGGUGUGCAAAUAGAUCAACAAAACACGGCUCUGAUCAACUCAGAUGGAGUUUGGGGGGUCGGAUGAGGAAGCUUGUCGAAUGUGGAAGUGAUUUCCAGCUUUUUGAAGUGUGUGUGUGCAGUGACUGUGGAUCUACUUCAUUAUCUCUCCUCUCCCAAUCUGUUUCUUCUGUCCCUUUAAAGGCCCUGCAGCUAAUUGAGACCCUUUGACUCGGGAUCAGCUAAUUAAUCCUAUUAUGUGGUUAUCAAAUUAGCACGGGUCAGAUUUCAUCAAAUCCAUCUCAGCCAACCGAGAGCGCUUCUUCUCCAGGGGAUCAACACAAAGCUCAUUUCAGAGUCCGUGGCAUUAAUCCAUGCUCCUAGUUGAUAUUCACAGUUGUGCAUGUGUUUGAUUUUAUCCCGGCCUUUUAACAGCUCAAGGCUCCUAAAUUUGGUUCCAAAUAAGUCGCUUGCUGUGUAUAAAGGUGGCAGUAUACGAAGUUAAACUUGCAUGAACUAGAAACAGCUUAAAGCUUCCUGUAUACAAAUAAACUCAUGGCUUCUUG